AUGUCAAAAUCUCCGCACAGGACAAGUCUGCAAUCGCUUUACCCGAUCAUCGUUCUUCUUACACAUUUGGCCCUUGCAUCCAAGUGAGUCUAUGUUAUUUAUUAUAUCUGCAAGACUUGACUCGAAGACGACGUGAAAUAAAAAUAAGUCGGUGAUGAUAGGAUACCAGAUCAAAAUAGGAUUUUUCUGGAUUAGAAGCGGCCUGUGAUGUAUUUGAGCUCCUUUAACUGAUCUGAAAGUGGGUCAGCUCAAACACAGACUUGUUUAUUGUAAAUAAUUUAUGCUAUUUUCACGAACAGAUCACACUGUGACUCAGUCUGCAGACUUUUUUCUCGAGUUAUGGGAAAACAUUAAAAAGGUUCGGCUCGGAUUAGACUUUACUUCAAAAAAGUGGAAUAACAGGGCAGGGAGACUCUAGGCCUAGUUUUUGAUCGAGACGUCUGUCGGAACAGAUUUGUCAAGUCUGUCAGUCUAUACACGAAGAAUAAGAACACAAGUCUGGCAAACGUUUUCUGGAAUGUCUCGACCGAAAUACCCUGAAAAAGACAUCAUUCGAGCCGUGGCAAAGUGUUUCUUUCUUGGAAUUGAAUGAGACUAAAAACAACCAGUCGCACUUUUUCAGUUCGUGGAGGAUACGAAGAGAUCUUGUUGGGGAAGAAGAGGAGAUAAUGCCGGCGGAGGAGUGCUAUCACAAGUACAGCGAGGACAACCACUACAAGGUGUUCUCGAACUUUUUGAACCGCAAGAACUCGUCGCAUUAUUCACCGAUCGCGCCCUCCUAUCAACAGGCCAUUCUCAGGCUGCAGGUACGUUCACGCAUUUCUAUCAUCUUGUGAGGGUGGGGGGACAAAUUCAAGCGUAGGUGGGAGAUGAGAUAUAGAUGUGCAUCUCAUCUGACAUUUCCAACUGACCAUUGAAACAUUUUGUAUGCCAACCAGUAAUUUUUAAUCAGUCAAAGUCAAAAUGCUGAAUAUUUUACUCGAGCGUUUGAACGAUCGUUGCUGGAGUGUAGGGAUAUGUCUCGAUUCACUGCAAAUGAUGUCAUUGUUAUGAUGCUGAUCUCUGAGCAGUUCUUCUCUUCGAGGGGUAGGGGUACCAUUCAUAUUCAGACUUUGGCUGCAACUCUUUCACUCAUUCAUUCAUUCGUUUUCUCAUUGAAUGUGUAAAUCUGUGAGAUUAAGUAGCACACUUGGGGGUUGGGGGUACAUGACGAUGGAAAAACGUGACGAGUGAUGUUUGCAGACGAAGGGACUCAAGCACGGUGAGCAGAUCACGAAGAGCUCUUCCAAGUGUAACAGUAAGAAACUGGACACUAUCAGCGCAGAGACGCCUUUGAGGGAAAGGGCACUUUGCAAGUUCGAAUAUGUUCUCAACUACAAUCCAAGAGUGAGAUCAUGAGAAUGAUGACGUUGCAUAGAAUUCAACUAAAUUUCAGCGACUACCAGCUGCGCUCACAGAAGUCAAAUGCAGCUGUCCCAGACCGAAUCCGAAACUGGUAGGCAGACGCAUUUUCGAGUGUGAACACCUUCGGUAUCAAGUAAGUGCGAAUUUCAGAAAGUCUGAAAAGUGUGAGGUCUAAUUUUCCAGGUCCGAGUCUUGAUGUGGGAUGAACAUUGCAACACGUUCCGAGAGCAUAUAGAAACUAUAUCGUUAGCUUGCAUACCUGUCAUUCAGGUAGCUACCGUAACCGCUGAAUCUCAAAAUUAGCUGAUAUUGUUUCAGGCGAACGCGAAUGCAGACGGCGACGAAGACUUCGUGUACACGAUCAAAGCAGAAAUACCAAUCUAA